AAUAAGCACUAGCGGCCGACUGUAAACUGCGCUACAUUCUCGAGGUCGUUUGAUCGACUAUGAUCUAAUGUACGCAUUAUAUAGAGUCUUAGUGGUUGUUUUUGGAAGUUCGUGACUUUCUUGCUUACAACUCAUCUUGUAGUGAUUGUUUCUUAGUCAUGGAUUCCGUUGCAUCAGGUGACGAAAGUAAUCAAACUGAUAUUGAAACUUCAUACCAGGGGAUAAAAAAAGUUUUCGAGAAUUACCAAAAGUUUACCGGUCCUGAUGUCGACUUGAAUGAAUUGUAUUCGUCAAAGCUUAAUUUAAGUCACAUUCGAGAUGAUUAUGAAACAAUUGAACGUGAGUUAUCAAAAAUUCAAGCAAACUGUCAACGUGCUCGAACUGCUCUUUUAGCUGCUGGAUUUCAGUGUCCCGAUGUUCCGAAUUUGGAUUCCUCCUAAUGUACAUAGUGAACAAGUUUAGAGUUGACUUUGAAUUACUUACAGGAACUAAGUCAGUUCCUCUUUGACAUUGUGUUAUGCAAUGUUUGUGCUUUUGUAUUUAUACAUUACUAUUUUCAAUACUUAUGCAAGCAUAAAUUUCUCAUAGUUCUCUCUCUUACUUCCUACUUAAUUUUAAAGGGAAAACUGAUUCCCAAUUGGUUUACUCAUUUGUCUGCAUGCUUUAUUCUCAUAUUCAAACUGUCUUAUUUGUUCGUUUGAUUUUAUGACUUCGUUGCAUUGUCUAGGUUUCAGUUACUUAAUAUUGUAACUAAUAUUAAUAUUAUUGUUAUUAUUUUCACUAUUAUUAUUAUUAUAGUUGUUACUUUAAUCCCUGGAGAUAGUUUUCGUUACAUUCUUACACAUUAUUGCUUAUAAUCUAGUGAAAAGUGUUUUUGUUUUGUCUUUGUUGACGAUUACUUCUUCAUGUGUGUCUUUAAUAACUUAAUUGGUUUAACGAUUUCUCUUUAUUAUUAUUAUUAUUAUUAUUAUUAUUAUUAUUAUUAUUGCUACUACUACUACUACGUGUAUACGCUAAUAAAAGGUGAUGGUUAGUGAGAACUUGGAGAUUUUCCUCUUUAUCACUAUCUCAGAAACAGAUUGCAAACAACAGUUUCUGAUAAGAUUAUUGUUUUGGUGUAUUAUAUUUAUUCACGAAUGAGAAUCGACUAAAAGAUGAUGAAUUAUAUGUGAAUUAUGCAUAGAAGUUGGAAUUUUCUUCAACUCAUGAACAGUUGUCAGUAAAAAUAAGAACAGUCUGAUAAUUGUCUAAGACAGUAUAUUGCGU